AUGAGUGCUACUACUACGUUGAGACACAGAAAGAGUAUUUCUGUAAAGCUUGAGAAACUGACCCCUGUUGUGGUUACCGGAUCUGAGAAACGGUUGUACAAGUUUGACGAGUUGCCAGAAUGGCAGCAGGAUAAUGAGAUGAUCAUCACGGGGUACAUCAGGGAGACGCGAAGCGUCAAGAAGUGUUUGAAGUCGCUUUUCCAGUUCCACAACGAGUCGAUCAACAUAUACACGCAUUUGAUUCCAACCAUCACGUAUCUGUUGUUACUCGUGGGGCUGGCCAAUGCGUAUCUAAUUCCGAGAUUUCCGGACAGCACCAUGACGCAAUAUUUGAUGAUAAACUUCUUUUUGCUGGGUGCUGUGCUGUGUCUUGGAUGCAGCAGCUUUUUCCACUGCUUGAAACAGCACUCUGAGUCGCACUGUCACAUCUGGUCCAAGGUGGACUACAUGGGGAUCAUCAUAAUGAUCACGUGCUCUAUGAUUUCGAUUCUAUACUAUGGGUUCCACGACCACAUAUUCCAUUUCAAGUGCUUCACGGUGUUCACCGUGGUGCUGGGGACGAUAUGCACCGUGUUCGCAUUGCACGACAAGUUCGAUUCCAAGACUUUCAGACCAUUCAGAGCCAUGUUCUAUGUUACCUUCGGGUUAAGUGGUGUUGUUCCGAUCUUGACAGGUUUCUAUAAAUUCGGAGCAUACGAAGCUAUCCGGAGAACGCAGUUGAAGUACAUCCUUUUUGAAGGUAUGUUUUAUAUAGCUGGCGCUGUUAUCUACGGCUUCAGGUUCCCGGAAGUGCUUGCCCCAGGCAAGUUUGACUUUGUCGGCCAUUCUCAUCAGAUUUUCCACAUUAUGGUCGUUCUAGGCUCCAUUUGCCAUUUCAGAGCCAUUAUCGGUUCAUACAUCUUUAUGCAUACUGGUCUACACCACUCGAGCUUUGUCUUGUCUAGAUAG